GUCUAGAAAUAAAGAAGGAGGAUGACAAAGACAAAUUUGAAGAAAACGCUGACGUCCCCAGAAUAAAACGAACUACUCAGAAGCAAUUUGAGGUAAUGGUGAAGUUAAUGGAAAUAAAUCCUGAGUUAGCCAGAGGAAUGGCGCCGUUUGGCUCCACAAAAAAAAAAUAGGAUGGAGUUGUGGGGAGGUAUUGCGGUUGAGUUAAACAAUAUCGGCCCUCCAAAUCGUAGUGGCAGCGAAUGGAAUAUGGUUUGGUUGUACUACAAAUUGAAAUUAAAAUGAAAAAUUUCAGAAAAUCGGAAAGAGAUUACAGCCACAGGUGGAGGACCUUACACCCAACUCAGCUUAACGUCUUUGGAGCAGGCCGUGGACGAGUUGGAACGCGAAAAUUUGCGUAUGAAGGCUUUGGAGAAACAAGCAGAAACGCAAGAAAGCCACAAGUGCUGCUGAAACAAGUUUGCUUCUCAAGAUAAUUCGAAAAGGACUUGUUGAAUCUAAUUUGGAUUUAGAAGUACAACGCAAGGACCCCAAAUCUCCACUGCAUUCCGUAAAAACAUUUGAAGCGUUGCAUCUAUUUGAAACACGACAUUAACAAAAUUACGAUGUUUUGGAAUUUUUUUAAAACAUCAAGAAAGCCCGAGCUGUUAAAAGGUAUAUACGCUAUGGGGUUUAAUGCACCUUCCAAAAUUCAAGAAACAGCACUUCCAACAUUACUUGCGGACCCUCCCCAAAAUAUGAUAGCCCAAAGCCAGUCUGGAACCGGUAAAACAGCCGCAUUUGUUUUAGCAAUGUUGAGUCGGGUUGAUAUCAAAUUGGAUUUCCCACAGGUUCUUUGUAUUUCGCCUACUUAUGAGCUUGCAAUACAAACUGGUGAGGUAGCUGCUCGAAUGGCACAAUUUUGUCCGGAAAUUAAAUUAAAAUUUGCUGUUCGUGGUGAAGAAGUUACUCCAAACACGAAACUAAAGGACCACAUAAUAAUUGGAACACCUGGAAAAAUUUUGGACUGGGGAUUAAAGUAUCGUGUUUUUGAUUUGAAAAAAAUACGAGUGUUUGUACUAGACGAAGCAGACGUAAUGAUUGCAACACAAGGUCACCAUGAUCAAUGUAUUCGAAUUCACAAACAACUUUCUUCGAAAUGUCAAAUGUUGUUUUUCUCCGCAACGUACGAUAAGGAAGUUAUGAAUUUCGCCCAGCAUAUAGUACCUGAUCCUACAAUUAUACGACUUAUGAGAGAGCAAGAGUCGCUAGAAAACAUAAAGCAAUAUUAUGUUAAAUGUAUGAAUGAAGAAGACAAAUAUAAUGCAAUUCAAAAUAUUUAUGCCGGAAUAACAAUAGGUCAGGCUAUAAUAUUCUGUCAUACUCGUAAAACUGCUGGAUGGCUGGCAGGAAAGAUGUCAUCGGAUGGCCAUUCUGUUGCAGUGCUUUCCGGAGAUUUAACGGUGGAACAAAGGCUAGCAGUUUUGGAUCGAUUCAGGGCUGGCCUCGAAAAAGUUCUCAUAACGACAAACGUACUCUCAAGAGGUAUUGACAUUGAACAGGUUACGAUUGUUGUUAAUUUCGAUUUACCCAUGGACGCUAAGGGGAACGCUGAUUGCGAGACAUAUUUGCAUAGGAUUGGUCGUACUGGAAGAUUUGGCAAAAAUGGUAUAGCAAUUAAUCUGGUUGAUGGAGAGAAGUCUAUGAAUAUUUGCAAGUACAUUGAAAACCAUUUUAAGAAAACUAUUCAGCUUUUAGAUACAGGCAACUCAGAUGAAAUUGAAAAGAUUGGAUAUUAAUAAAAUGUUAUAAAGUAAAGUA